AUGGAAAAAGGAAAUGUAUCAAGCAGUUUGACUUCUGCUGCAGCUUUUGUGGAAGGGGGAAUUCAGGAAGCAUGCGAUGAUGCUUGCAGUAUAUGUCUUGAAGCAUUUUGUGAUAGUGACCCUUCUACGAUAUAUAUUUACCUUCCUGCAGUGAUGGCUUUGGAUGCAUUUCUGGAUUCCAACGGCCUGCCUAUGACAUUGCCUGUUAAGGGGGCUGAAGGGAUUCGGGAGGUGCUUAUCUCGAACGCCUUACUCAAAGAUGAAGAGCAUUUCGACUCCAUUCUUAGUCUGUCCCAACUAAACCAAAAUAUGGAUUCACAUGUUCUGAAUUCAACAAUUCUAGGGAGAUCUUCAGCUCCAGAACUUUUUAUAGGCCAUGAUGCUGCCGUUGCAGUCGCAAACCAAACUCUUCUAGCUGGUACUUAUUUGCAGAGGCAUAGCAACACUACUCUGGAGCCUUACAUCAACCACCCCAUGUCAUUUCCAAGUGACGAUGGUUUUGUCAAUGUUUCUUAUAAUGGUGAUGUAUUUUAUCAGUUAUGUCAAGCCAGAGAAGAAGAGAGUAAUAAGCAGAAACUAGAAGGUGCUGUAGGUUCUACCAAUUUAUGCAAGACUAAAUCUCUGGUUAGAAUGCAACCGGAGCACAUUCUAGCUCGAAUUCUAAAGAAACCAAGAGGGAACAUCCACCACCACCAGCAGGAGAUCAUUCAGGAAUUACUGUUUAAGGAAUUACAAGAUGGCAAUCCGCAGCUUAAGGCAAUAAUGCAGCAAUCGAUUUCGCAUUCAGCUCCCUACCAUAGGAGAUGCCACCUACUGAUGCCAAAACAGCUUCCGAAACAAAAGGCGAGAAUUCUGCUACCCGAACAGUGUAAUCAGCAAGACACUAUUGCUCCAUUACUUGACGGUGGCAUUUGUUCUCGGAGAUUGAAGCAGUAUCUGUACCAUAUGGAAAUGGACAAUGGCAUUUCCUAUUGGAAAAAGUUUGUAGCUGAAUAUUAUGCUCCAGGUUCAAAGAAAAGAUGGUGUUUCUCUAAAUAUGAAAAUAUUGAGCUGCAUUCCUUUGGUGUUUUCUGCCCUAAAUCCAUGGUGUGGCCCGAUGAAACCUUGCGUUUCAAUCGGACAGGGACAAAUUGCUGUGAAAUAUGUGGUCUGAAAUUAGGGAAGGGAUUCGAGGCAACCUCCGAAAUGUUUCCUAGGCUGUUCAAGAUGAAGUUUGAGAGUGGCAUGCUCGAUGAGAUCCUGUACAUCGAUUCUCCACGAGCACAUAAAGUUCCUGACGGACUAGUGCUGGAGCUCAGGAAAGCUGUUCAAACGAGUGUGUAUAAAACAUUCCGUGUUGUUCAUAAUGGUAAACUUCGUGUUGUGUUCAGGCAUGACUUGAAGAUAUUAUCCUGGGAAUUUUGCAUAGAGAAUCACGAGGAGUGUCAGGUCCAAUCAUCGUUUAGACCUCAGGCCAAGCAAUUAGUUCAGGCAGUUAAUAAAUAUCAUGAUAUCCCAAAUUGUGUCUCCGGAGCAUCGUUUCUGGAUCUGCAAAGAGUUUGUGAUAUGUAA